AAAACUCAAAACUGUCAAGAAAGCGUGUGGUAAAUACAACGCGGAGUGAGGUUAUACCAAAUCUUUACAUUAUAAUUUGAAAAUGUCGUUUCGUGGUCGUGGUGGCGGCGGCGGCGGCGGAAGAGGAUUUGGAGGCCGUGGUGGUGGAGGACGAGGAGGUGGAGGAUUCCGUGGCCGCGGCGGCGGUGGAGGAGGCGGCUUCAGACACCAAGACGCGGGCCCACCUGAAUCAGUAAUACCUUUAGGACACUACGGCUGGACCGUGCAAGACGACCUUGUAUGUAAAGUCGACAUUGAAGACGUGCCUUACUUCAACGCGCCUAUCUUCCUGGAAAACAAGGAACAGAUUGGCAAAAUCGACGAGAUCUUCGGCAAUUUACGCGAUUACUACGUAUCUGUGAAACUAGGAGAGAAUAUUAAAGCAAAGAGUUUCAAGGAGGGGCAGCAGUUCUUUAUAGAUCCAGCGAAAUUGUUGCCUCUUAAGAGGUUCUUGCCUCAACCACCUGGAGCGAAGCGUGGCGGUGGUGGCAGAGGCGGUAGGGGCGGUCGUGGUGGCGGUGGCGGAGGGUUUGGAGGCCGUGGAGGUCGUGGGGGUGGUUUCAAUCGCGGCGGCGGCGGUGGAUUUAACAGAGGUGGUGGUGGCGGCUUCAACAGAGGCGGAGGAGGUUUCAAUAGAGGCGGUGGUGGCUUUAACAGAGGCGGGCGAGGACGGGGAGGUUUCGGAGGCGGCCGUGGCGGAAGAUAGUGAUAUACCUAGUUUUAAGUUUAUUGACAUUCUCAAUGAUAUGGGUAUAACCCUUGCAAUAUAAGGUUUUUGUAACUACAAUAUGUUAAAUGUUAUAUGGUAUAUGUGUAAUGUGAAGAUUAACUUUUAUAUGUAAAUACCAUAUAAGUUAUUAUGAAAAUUGUACAACUUGUGUUGCAUAGGGCUAUAUGUUAUAUCUUUAUUUUAAUAAAUAUAUAAGACUA